GGAAGUUGACAGUUAGCAUCCCGUAGCCAAGUAUAUCCAGAGAGUGUGUGUGUGUGUGAGUGUGUGUGUUCAGGUGUGAAGAUGUUACCUUUAUCAAUUAAAGACGACGAGUACAAACCUGCGAAGUUCAACCUGCUGCUGAAGCUCUCAGGAUGGUUCAGGUCGAUCCUCGCGGAUAAAACCUCCCGGAACCUUUUCUUCUUCCUCUGUCUCAACCUGUCCUUCGCCUUCGUGGAGCUAUCGUACGGAAUCUGGAGUAACAGUUUAGGUCUGAUCUCAGACUCCUUCCACAUGUUCUUUGACUGCACCGCUCUGCUGGCAGGUCUGGCAGCCUCCGUCAUCUCCAGGUGGAGAUCCAACGACAGCUUCUCUUACGGUUAUGUCAGAGCUGAGGUUCUGGCCGGCUUCGUCAACGGACUCUUCCUCAUCUUCACAGCCUUCUUCAUCUUCUCUGAAGGAGUCGAGAGAGCUCUGGAGCCUCCUGACGUUCACCAUGACCGGCUGCUUCCCGUCUCUGUGGCCGGUCUGAUCGUCAACCUGAUCGGGAUCUUUGUUUUCCAGCACGGAGGCCACGGACACUCACAUGGAGAGGGAGGUCAUGGUCACAGUCACUCUCUGUUUAAUGGCAGUCUGAAUCAUGGCCACAGUCACGGAGGACACGACCACCAGGACAAACACGGUCACGGGGGACAUGGACACGAUCACGGGGGACAUGGACACGGUCACGGGGGACAUGGACACGAUCACGGGGGACAUGGACACGGUCACGGGGGACAUGGACACGGUCACGGGGGACAUGAGGAGCCACACUGUCAAGACGAGUUCACUCCGGGCAAAGGGUCCAGUAAACAGAUCCUGCAGGGCGUGCUGCUGCACAUCAUCGCUGACACUUUGGGCAGCGUCGGCGUGAUCAUCUCUGCUCUGCUGAUGCAGAAAUACGACCUGAUGAUCGCUGAUCCCAUCUGCUCCAUGCUGAUCGCCCUCCUCAUCGGAGUCAGUGUGGUGCCGUUACUGAAAGAGUCCAUCGGGAUCCUGAUGCAGAGAACUCCUCCAUCACUGGACCACGCCCUGCCGGAGUGUUAUCAGAGGGUGCAGCAGCUGCAGGGAGUUUACAACUUGCAGGAGCCUCACUUCUGGACUCUGUGUACCGACGUUUACAUUGGAACAUUAAAGCUGCUGGUCGCCCCUGACGCCGACACCCGCUGGAUCCUCAGCCAGACACACCACAUCUUCACACAGGCUGGAGUUCGACAGUUGUACAUUCAGAUCGAAGCGGCCACCAUGUAGAAGCUCCUCCUCCUCUGAACACCUGGGACCAAUCACCUGCAGGUGACCCCCCUCAUGUCAUUGAAGGUCAAACUGAUUCAGGGGCAGUAAGAACUUGACUGAUCUCCCAUGAUGCUUUACUCCAACGCAUCAUGGAUAAACUGAAACUGCCCCCCCUUCCCCCUUCCCUCUCCCUCCUCCUGGAGCAAAGCAUUCUGGGUAAGUGCCUUCAUCGUGACUCAGAGACAAUCUAAGCCCACUUCCUGUCCAGAGGCCCCCCCCCAGUGACAUCAGCACUGGGACCAGACUGCUGCCAGCUGACUGAUCCGGUGUGUGUGUGUGUGUGUGUGUGUGUGUGUGUGUGUGUGUGUGUGUGUGUGUGUGUGUGUGUGUGUGUGUGUGUGUGUGUGUGUGUGUGUGAUGUCACUUUCUUUUUAACGUGCCAAACCAUGUGACCAAACCAUGUGACCAGCCAGUGGUUUUCAGUCUUUUUUCAACUGUAAUAAAGGAUGAAUGAAUGAUCUGA